UCACGUACAAUGUCGAGUCAACAAGAGAUUGAGUGUCCCGCUAGCAGCUACGUCACGUAGAGUUGUUGUUGUUGAUGUUUGUCACAAAUGUUUCGCUGGUCAUCACCUUGAAGUUAUUUGAUGUGAAGCUGCCAGCAGCAUCGUUUAAAGACAGACAGGAUGUUUGCUGGAAGAAUGGACGAAGGUUCCCAUUUGCAACUCUCUUCAUCUCCGAUACUUUAUGUCUUAUGGCUGUUUCUUUGUCUGCCGACAGUCCCAGCACAAGACGGCAAAGUCACGUGCUCUGUGCCGCCAGUGGAAGAGUUUCAUGACACAGUACUGACAUGUCACUUCCCCGAGGACCUGAGUGUUUCCAAUAAAGACUUUACGGUAAACCACUACAGAAGCAAUGACAAUCCCAAUCCAGAAGCUGUAUUAGACUGUUGGUGGAUCAAGGGUGUUGUUGACUGCUACACACACCCAGACUUUUUGUACAACAACAUCGUCAGCCGGACACUGAGUAUUACAGUUCGUCAUGUGACGACUAAUCACACCGGCAGCUACGCCUGUCAGAUCGCCAACUACGACCCCAGGUUCUUGGAAAAGUGCGAGUUGACCGUAAAACCUGCCACGGAAACCACAUGUGAAGUGAGAAAAGAGAAAUAUGAACCACACGCGACUCUAACUUGCCACUUCACAGAAGACAUUGUAAGAAGACAACUGAACUUUUCUGUGUACAAGCACACUGAUCUUCACCAGAAAGAAGUAAUAAAAUGUUGGUGGAAGGACGGUCAAACACGCUGUGAGGCUGCCAGUGGCUACGUGUACAUCUCUACAGUAUCAUCUGAUUUUACAAUCUUGAUACCAAAUGUGACAACAGAAACAGCAGGAAAUUAUUCCUGUUCGCAUUCAGAUUACCGCGCUCUUCCAAAAAAACCUUGCGUUCUUGAUGAACAUAACUAUGAACAUUCUAAAGAAGAAAUUAGCAGCCAUUUGAUGAUCAUACUGAUAUCGUCGUUGCUGAGUGCAGCUGUUGUAAUAUCUGCCUUUGUCAUUUUAUUACUGAGAUUUAGACGGAAGCUAUCAUCAGUCUUCUACCAGCGAAGACGACGCCAAAGACCUCAAGAUGAACACAAGUCAGAGACUGAGAUAAUGUUGGAGAAACAAGAAGUGAAAACUCAGAAGUUCCAGGAAUACCUGGACGAAAAAGUGAAAGAAAUGUAUCCAGACAUACUCAGCUCCUGCUAUUUUGUUCCUCCAAUCUAUUUCAACAAAUGUCGAUACAAGAAAGAGACUGUCACAUCCAAAUCGAUUCUUCUUUAUGAAUCUUGUGACCCGAGUGAUGUACAGUACGACCAAACCAUGCAACACCUGCUGCACUGCUUACGUCACGUGGGGGAACAAAGACGAGAACCAAUGUUUGUCCUGACACAGUUCCGGUAUAAAGACUAUUUAAACACUGUAACUAAAACCCAUGCACGACAUUCUGUUCGCCGUGUUAAGAAAGAAGAUGAAAACCUCAAAUGUUUCGACCUCUUGAUCAUUCACAAAAUGUUCGGGUUUACAGCUGUAGUGGUGAAAACUGUCAGUGGCAGCCCAGGAAAGAAACAACGUGAUCAACAAACAACUGACGAAACAUUAACGGCACAAUUCAAAGAAGCCAUAUCGCAGCUUGAAAAAGCAAGAAACAUGGUAAAUUACUUGAUGUCAGAUGAACCAAAGUGCCCCGAAGUUCGAUUAGUGUUGAUCUUUCCACACCUAUCGUCUUCGUCCCUUGUACCUGAUGUGACUUCUCAAGCUGACACAGUUCAACUGAUGUGUGCUGACGACCUGCCGGAUUCUAAAUCAACCUUCGAUGUCCGCACUGAACAAAAGCUUGGCCGGUGGUUUGACCGACUGAUGGAGAGAACUCGUGAGGAUACAAUGAUGAGUGAUGAGCUGUAUAUGAAAGCUAUUUCAAGGUUUUGUGGGCCGGCGACUCAAUCAAAUUUGGAAAGUCAAGAUGACCUCCUGCUACCCAAGACUCUGGCAGAAGGAGUUUUAAUUACAGGAAAAUUAUAUGAGCGCCAUAUUCUACAUCCUUACAUGUUCGACUUACUAGAAGAAGAAAGAUUAAUACUUGCUGGUCCACCAAACACCGGCAAAACACGGAUGUUGAUGCUGGCUGCUGAACUAUGGCAGGAAAGCGAUCUCCACGUUAUUUCUGGCAAAAGAACACAAAACAUCUUCGUAAGAAAACAACUCCCUAAACAUCACAUGGAAUGCGAUUUUAAUAAUAAAACAGAGGUAGAGGAAACUGUGAAGAUGCUAUGUGACAAGAAAGACCACAAUACUCUCUGUGUUCUUGCUUGUAAUGUCAGUGGACAACAUUUCCAACAGUUCUGCACUCUUUUAAAACAAAAACAUCCUGACAUCUGUAUGUGGGCCACUGCACGCACCAUGAAGGACAAACAGGUACCAACGGGAUGGAGACUAGUGACCCUCACACACGCCCUCACCUGUCCGCCUGCAGUCGUCAGAGCAGCUGUAGGAGCCGGCUACACCAUACCUGGUGCUGACAACAAAUCACUUGACUACCUCCCUCCUACUGAUGGACCUCCGGUGAAAUACAUUUAUCACAAGAGGGAUCAAGGCAACGUGUCCCACGACUGUACACAAUGUGGCGAAAAUGUUGCUGAGUUUCUCAAACUUCUCAUCACUCCGUGCGGCAGCAGAGCUGGCACGUCACCGGAAGGAGUCAGCACUUCAAGAUUACAAGACAAGGAUGUGUUGGUUUUGUUUGAAUGUUACCUGGAGCAAGGAGCGAGCUUUCUAACUGGACUACUCAAUGCCGGUAUCACAGUACACACUCUUACGGACAAAGAAGACAUGAACGAUUUUACAGAAGACAAUGAAUCUGCAUUGGCAAUGCACAUCGAGCAGCUGGAGGGAUACAGUAUGCGAAGACAAAUCGUGGUGUACGUGGAAAGCAAAUCAUGGAAUGGAGACCGAUACACAAAAUGGCGGGGUAUAACCAGCUGCACUUCACAGCUGAUUGUCGUGUCUAAGAACUUUAGAUAAAUACAUCUAUUUCCCUUCUGCCACCUUUGUAUGUCUGUUUAUCUGUCAGAAAACCGUACAUAAUAUGCAAGUUUAUAAAGGAAUCGCAAUGUAUCUUGAAGCAUGAUAAUUGCAUAAAGUUUGAGAGUACAUAUAAAACAGUAUACUUAUUUGCAACCAUUAACAGCUGAGACUUACCACAGUAAUAGUAGUUUUGUUAUUUAAUAUUCUUAAAAUAUUAUUGUAAACAAGCAUUUAUUUUUAUUUUUAAUUUUACAAAAUUACCGAUCGUAAACAAAAGAGUCAAUAAAGGCUUUUUAACAUC